AUGAUUAAGGAAUUCAAAUCUAUAAUAAUAAUAAACAUUGUGCAGGCAUUGGUAGCGUUAUUGAUAUGCGCAGCGACAUGUGUGUCUGGGAGCGCGGUCUCGUGGCCCGCGGCGGCAGUGGUGCACUCAACUCCGUUGGUGAAUACUCUGGUUCAACCAGCUACUACAAAGGGCUUCGCGUACUCCACGACACAAUAUAUUAACGCAUUACCAGCGCAAUAUUCGUAUGGAAUACAACCGCAAUAUGCUUAUCAAAUCCCGCAGGUGACAGCUUUCUCACCUUUGCCUGGUUUUCCAUCAUUAUACCCAGUAGCGAGCGCUUCGUAUAUUCCAACAGGCAGUCUCACUUACCCUCAAUUACAACCAGCCGCUCCCAGUCAACCUGAAUCACCUUUACAAAGUGCUCCAAGCACUCCAGCACAACCAAGCAAUCCAGUUGCCAUUUCCUCAGAGCAACAAGCAGGCGACACGGAUACGACUGUUAUAGAAUCGGCAGAAUUCGCAUCUCGGCAACAAGAUCAGCAACGAAAAUCUGGUUCUGAGAGUUCUGCACAAACACAAACAUCGGAGUAUUCAUCAAUAAAUACGGCUCAACAGCAAGGAAUUAAGAACGCACCGUCUUAUGCAACAAACCCACAAAAAACUCAAUUUACUUCGUUACCUCAAAUUCCUCAGUUCCCACAGCUUCCCCAAUUGCCAUCAAUCCCACAGCUCCCUCCCUGGCAGGGAGGUCCAUCUUUGCCUCAGAUCCCGCAACUUCCAUCGAUUCCACAGUCACCUCCCUCACAGGGAGGUCCUUCUUUGCCUCAGAUCCCGCAACUUCCAUCGAUUCCACAGUUACCUCCCUCACAGGGAGGUCCAUCUUUGCCUCAGAUUCCGCAAUUCCCAUCGAUUCCACAGUUCCCUCCCUCACAGGGAGGUCCAUCUUUGCCUCAGAUUCCGCAAUUUCCAUCGAUUCCACAGUUCCCUCCCUCACAGGGAGGUGGCUCUUCACCACAGUUCCCACAAUUUCCAUCAAUUCCGCAGUUCCCUUCAACGCAAGGAGGGUCAUUCAUCCCAAAUUUCCCAUCAGCGGAUAACUCUAACAAAGGUCUAAAUGACGAAGAUACAGUUACAGUGGAGUCUGCUUAA